GGUGGCUGGUCCCUGUGUCCUAACACCAUAAUUUGUGGAGUGGGUUAGAGCAUUCCAGAUGCGUGGCCUGACAUUACGUCACCAGAAGUAAGAUAAACACUUUGGAAAGUAUAAUCACAAUGCAAGCUGGAGGUGAUUUCACUCUCUUGGCUGAUGAGAAGUUUGAUUUUGAUAUAUCGUUGUCCCCUACAAGUUCCAAAGAGGGCAAUGAAGACUGUGAUGAUGAAGUAUUUAUUGGGCCUGUAAGGCACAAAGAGAAGUGUGUCCGUGCCUCUGUGCAAAGUGAAGAAUCAGACAAAGGGAGUCCUUCUUCUCUGUUAAAUGACAAUGUUGCUUGGAGUCCUUUAAGUGGUGAUAAAUUUGUUGAGAUCUUCAAGGAAGCUCAUUUAGUGGCACUGCAGCUGGAAAGUUUUGCCAAUGAUGACCCAAAGGAAGACCGCUCCGCUCAGAGUGACACAAACCAAUUGGUUGAAAAGUUUGUUCAGGAGUCUAAAUCCAAGUUAAAUAUUUUUGAAAAUGUGGACAAUAGCAAAACUCCAAUUGCCCUUAAAAGAGAGACUUAUUGUGUACAAGAAAGCCCCUUUAACCAGCUUCCCCCUUCAGUUCAGCAAAGACUUGCUAUGUCUGGAACAGUUGGAGAAAAGAUGUCUGCUCUGAAUAAGGCAAAUCAUACCAGCCCUGGGAAAAUGCCUAGACCAACAAAGGGACUUUCUUUUUCACCACUAGUGCAGAAGAGUAAAGUUGUGCAUGCCAAAAGUACUGUUCCAGUGGCAAAUUCUAAGAAAACUUUAAGCCGCUUGCAACCCAUCAAAGCAACGUCUUUGGCAACAAAAACAAACCGCCUUACUGUAGAAAAGUCGAUAUCUAGUAGGAAGAUCAGCCCAGUUAGAAUGAAACAUCUCAGUAGUGCUGGCUCUUCAGAAGAUAUUUAUUCUGACAAAUCCAGUGUUGCAUCAGAUAUCAGUGAUUCUUCAUUCAACAGCAGUAUUGCAGGACAAAACAAAAGGACACUUCCAGCCCCAGGCAAGAUUGGCCUGAAAAAAACACAGUUUAAAGCUCCACCCAAUGGUGCAAUGUUUAGAAAAAAUACCUCCUCUUCAUCUUCCUCACAUUCCAGCAUGAAUGCCAGUUUAAACUCAAGCAUGUCUACAUCUCCACCUCGUGGGAAUGCCAAACUUAACACUUCUAUGAAUGUUUCAAUAAAUGCUUCCAGGCUGAAGUCUAAUCAGUCUAGGCUGGCAUUAGUUCAUCCUUCUGGUGGGUCCACCUCCUCUGUGAAAAAUGUACCUGACAUGUCAAAGAGCCGCCUUAAACCAAGCAGCACAGUAAAACCAGGAACUGUUGGAAAUUGCAGUAAAUCAGCAUUGGUGUCUGUGGCUCUACCGAAGACACCAUCAGGCAAAAUGCAGAGGCAGACCUCUGCACCUAAUUUGAACAGAAUGCCUGUGCCAAAUAUACCAGAAAGUGCAAUUAAGGGCUCAUCCUGUUCUAAGCCUCAAUCAAAAGUAAUGCCUACACCAACAAGCCGUCUCAGGCUGCCUCAGAGAGCUACAGGAGUAUCGCCUGAUCGAUCUGUGCUAAAGACAUUGCAGCCAAUUCGAUUAAUGUCCUGUGGCGAUAUUGGAAGUGGUAUAGCUGAAAGCACUCCGAUGAAAUCCACACAAGGCAGAGAAUCCACCAGUGCCUCUGUUGCAAGGUCUGUUUCUGCUACACCUAGUACAAAACACAUAUCUUCCUUGCCUACUCCUCUGAGUCGGAGAACUUCUGCUCUGAUGACACCAAGGACAAUCCCAAGAUCCAUCUCAUCCCAGAGGACAAUGCAAGCUCUGCAGACUUCAGCAAAGUCCAUUAAGAAGCCUCUCAUGAAUGGGCAAGAAGAAUCUAAAGGCAAAGGCACAAAAAUGACUUCUAGUCCAGUCUCUCCCACUGAAGAUCUUGCUGUAGCAGAUGUUAUUCCUUGCUCUUUGAAGUUCUCUCCUGAAAGCAAAAAUAUACCUGUAAAUGGGAAAGAACCCCCUAAGUCACUCUGUUCUUCAAACAAAGAGGUUUUACUGGUUGAUAUUGAAGAGCUAAAACAUGAAACCGAUGCUAAACUGAGGAAACACUCAUCCGCUGGAAGUGAUGGUUACCCUCUAAUUGACCUUUCAAACACACCCGAUUUUAACAAAAUAAUCGUUCCAAUAAAACCAGCAAUUGUUGGUCAGCUGAUAGAUUUGAGUUCUCCUCUUAUACAGCUGAGUCCUGUGCUGAACAAAGAAAAUAUACAAUUUGAUUCUCCACUCCUGAAGUUUUGAAACACCAAAUGUUUUUACAAAAAUACUGCUACCUGUUUUAUUGUGAUGGCAUUGACAUUUUAUGUAUGGUGAACAUGGUGGAUGUGUAAAGCAUGGGACUCUUUUAUGCUACUGCAACUAAUAUUGCGGAGUACAGUUUGCAUGAAAGAAGAUGCGCAGAAAUGUAAACAGCAAGACUUACAAGUGUGCUAGGUAUAUAAUUUGCAGAAAAAGAAGAGGUGAAAAGAAGUGAGCUGUGUUGAAUAAAACCCUCCUGACUUUUCAAUUGUUUACUAGUCUGAAAAUAAUGCUGCAUUUUAGACAAAUCUUUAGUGCUAGGGACAAAAAAUGAAAUGUAUUGAAAAUGUCUCUUUUAAAAAGAAAUCUGCCUGAUAACUGUUAUAAAUGUUGGUGAUCUGUUUAAUUUUUUUGUAAAUAAAAUAAAAUUAAUGUAUUCUUA